AUGGGGCUUUGCAUACAGGCUCUCCAGCGGCAGGGUACGUCCGCCUGCAAAUGUGAUCAAUGGGAUCGCUUUGCGGGUGUACACCCGGACGGUCUGGAAGCAGCGAUGCAUAAAUUAAUGUCUGCGCUCUGUCCGGAUGACAGCACUGACUGCGACUCACCUUAUCACCGGCAGGUUCGUCUGCUGGCGGCUUUCAUGCCGUCGGGUGGAGCUGCGCCUCCACUUAAGGUUGAGGAACUGGGUGGUAUAGUUAAGGGCUUGCCCAACACGGCUCCGGGACUCGAUGGAGUGAGUGCGAGAAUCGUGAGGAAUGUGUGGAUUGCGGCACCGAGGGAAUUUCACUCGGUGUAUGCCAAGUGUGUGGAAGAGGGGGUUUUCCCCAAUGUAUGGAAGGACGGAAGACUGAUUGUCAUUCCCAAGGGUAAUGACAAGCCGCUCACCGACGUCAAGGCAUACCGUCCAAUAACGCUCCUCCCUGUUUUAAGAAAAUUAUUGGAACGAGUAAUUUUAAGAUGUGCUCCCGCGAUUAGCCGCGGGAUAUCCGAGUACCAGCACGGAUUUUCUCCGGGGCGGUCUACAGUAACAGCGCUGCGUGUACUGCUCAGCACGGCAAGGUAUUCUCAGGCAUGCUACGUGCAAGCAAUAUUCUUAGAUAUCUCCGGCGCCUUCGACAAUGCCUGGUGGCCGAUGAUGAUGGUCAAGGCCAAAAGGGGUGGAUGUCCACCCAACAUUUAUAGAAUGUUGGUGGACUACUUCACCACCAGGCGUGUGGGCCUCUACAUCGGAGACCGGGUAGAGUGGAAGACGUCGAGCAUGGGAUGUCCUCAAGGCUCCUUGCUGGGCCCAACACUGUGGAAUGUGCUGAUGGACGACCUGCUCCGACUCCCUCUGCCCGAGGGAGUAGCCAUGACUGCCUAUGCCGAUGAUCUUACAAUCUUGAUUGAAUCGGGUACGAGAGCGGGUAUCGAAUCCAGGGCCAGAGUCACUCUGGACCUUGUACGGGAGUGGGGGCUAAGGAAUCGACUGGAGUUUUCCUCCUCAAAGUCGACCACCAUGACUGUUAGAGGGAAACUUCAGCGCCCCCCCGUUAUUAAACUUGGUGGGGAGUCUAUUAAGACUGUGACUAACGUUAAGGUAUUAGGCGUGGUUUUAGACUCGGGACUAUCGUUUGUGCAACAUGCAUCCGAUAUCUCUGAAAGAGCGACCAAGGGAUUCGGCCAGAUGUCUCGCGUAUCUACAUCAUCAUGGGGUGUACGAUAUCCGAGUUUAAAAUUAAUAGGAGGAGUUUUUGUGUCCACGCUUACGUAUGCGGCAGAGUGCUGGUACGAGCGUGCAAACAUGUACACAGUUCGUAGCGUAAUACUGAGAUCGCAGCGAUCCGCUCUUGUAUAG